UCUUGAGGAACUUGACCUAUCUAAUAAUAGAUUAGAAGGUGGGGUCUUUAAAUCCCUUAUGAAUGUAUGCACCCUACGCUCUUUAGACUUGCAAACAAACAAUUUCAUAGAAGACCUUCAAACAAUUCUUCAAAAUUUGUCUAGUGGUUGUGUCAGAAACUCACUUCAAGUGUUAGACCUCAGUUAUAAUGGAAUCACUGGAACUUUACCCGACCUUUCCGCAUUCACAUCAUUGAAAACAUUGGACCUUUCUGAAAAUAAGCUGAGUGGAAAGAUUCCUGAAGGUAGUAGCUUGCCAUUUCAGUUGGAGAGUUUAUCCAUUGCAUCAAACUCUUUGGAAAGGGGGAUUCCAAAAUCAUUUUGGAUGAAUGCAUGUAAGUUGAAAUCAUUGGAUCUGUCCUAUAACAGUUUCAAUGGUGAGCUUCAAGUAUUAAUCCAUCACAUAUCUGGAUGUGCUAGAUAUUCACUUCAACAAUUAGAUCUAAGCAGUAAUCAAAUCAAUGGCACACUACCUGAUCUGUCAAUAUUCUCCUUUUUGGAAAUAUUUGAUAUUUCUGAAAAUAGACUAAAUGGGAAGAUACUUAAAGAUAUUCGAUUUCCAACCAAACUAAGGACACUACGGAUGCAUUCAAACUCUUUAAAUGGUGUGAUCUCUGACUUCCAUUUUUCUGGUAUGUCAAUGCUAGAGGAGUUAGACUUGUCUUACAAUUUACUAGCAUUAAGUUUUGCCGAAAAAUGGGUCCCGCCUUUUCAACUGGGCAUUAUAGGAUUGGGAUCCUGCAAACUUGGUUCAACAUUUCCUAAAUGGAUUCAGACACAAAAAUACUUUCGAUAUCUUGAUAUUUCUAAUGCUGGAGUUUCAGAUAAUAUUCCAGAGUGGUUUUGGGCAAAACUAUCAUCACAAGAGUGCAGGACAAUCAACCUUUCUUACAACAAUUUCAAAGGAUCAAUUCCGAAUCUCCACAUAAGAAAUUAUUGUUCUUUUUUAUUUCUGUCAUCAAAUGAAUUUGAAGGUCCCAUUCCACCAUUUCUUAGAGGUUCCAUAAAUAUUGAUCUGUCCAAAAAUAAAUUCAAUGAUUCUGUUCCAUUCAUAUGUGCAAAUGGUAUAGAUGUAACUUUAGCCCAUUCUGACCUUUCAAACAAUCAAUUAUCUAGACGAAUUCCAGACUGUUGGAGCAAUUUCAAGGCAUUAGCUUAUGUAGAUUUGAGCCACAACAAUUUCUCGGCAAAGAUUCCUAUUUCAUUGGGAUCACUUGUAGAACUUCAAGCAUUACUGUUAAGGAACAACAGCUUAACAGAGGAGAUCCCUUUCUCCUUAAUGAACUGCACAAAGUUAGUAAUGCUUGAUUUUAGAGAAAAUAGAUUAGAAGAACUUGUCCCUUAUUGGAUUGGAAGCGAAUUGAAAGAGUUGCAAUUUUUAAGCUUACAAAGGAAUCACUUCUUUGGAAGUUUCCCAUUCGAACUUUGCUUUCUUCAAAGAAUUCAACUCUUUGAUCUCUCAUUGAACUAUCUAUCUGGACGGAUUCCCAAAUGCAUUAAAAUUUUUACUUCAAUGACUGAAAAAGCUUCCCAAGGUUUUGCCUAUCAUACAUAUACUUUCCAGAAAGGAUCUACCAAAUUCAGCUUUGCAUAUGAAUUGAAUGCAAAUUUGACUUGGAAAGGUGUAGAACAAAUGUUCAAAAACAAUGGAUUAUUUCUUCUAAAAAGCAUAGACCUCUCAAGCAAUCACUUUUCAGGAGAGAUUCCACAUGAAAUAGCAAAUUUGAUUCAAUUGGUCUCUUUGAAUUUAUCAAGAAACAACUUCACAGGGAAAAUUCCUUCAAAUAUUGGAAAUCUAGCAUCACUUGACUUUCUUGAUUUUUCACGAAAUAAGUUGCUUGGUUCAAUUCCUCAUAGUCUCUCUCAAAUAGACCGGCUUAGUGUGUUAGAUUUGUCGCAUAAUCAAUUAUCGGGAGAAAUUCCAAAGAGUACACAACUUCAAAGUUUUGAUGCCUCACGUUACAAAGAUAAUCUUGAUCUUUGUGGACCACCACUUGUAAAAUCGUGUGCUCAGGGGAAGCCACCACAUGAACCAAAAGUUGAAAUUCAAGGCGAUGAAGAUCUGCUUCUCAAUCGUGGAUUUUACAUCAGUCUGAUAUUUGGAUUUAUUAUAGGCUUCUGGGGAGUAUUUGGCUCAAUCCUAAUCAAGCGCACUUGGAGACAUGCUUAUUUCAAGUUCAUGAACAAUUUAGCAGAUAAUAUUUACGUGAAAUGCAGAAGGUGGCUUAGAGGCUAACUGGGGGCAUCUUCGCUAAAGGGUACUCGAUAGUGCAUUGGUGGUGGAUCUCAGAUUAAGGUGUUCAGUCAAAGACCUGCUCUAGGAAGAUGUAUGGUUUCUUUUCUUUUAUGAAUGGUUUGUGAAUUAUUUGCUUUGUUACUCUAGUAUGAUGAUUUCUCCUCCCUGACAACAUGUCUCAAAACACUUGAUUUGUCUUGAUUAUACAAUCUGGAUUGUGUAAUCCGAACAAAUUGAGAGAUGUUGAUGGCCGAAGAGAAACCAUCUUCUAGGAAAUAGAUUGUUGGGGUGUCACUUUGUAAUAUGUGGUUAUGUCUUUUAUCUUUUAUGUAAUAGUCUCUUGUUGAAUUGAGUUGCAACAUGCAGUACCUUUUGUAUUCUCUGUAAUUUAUUUAUGCAAUAAACAAUGAUGAAG